AUGUGGUAUUUUCACGGCAACGGCAAGGCAAGUACCAUUGGAUUUAGAUUGAUGUACACCACCACGAAAAUACCAAGAACUCAGCCACAUAACGUUUUGGCUCAUGAGCUGGAUUCGAGAUUGUUCGGUCUUUCUUGGUGGGCUCGAUACGAUGGAGCAUAUGUGAGAAAAUCUAUGGAUGGGCGUGUUCGGAAAUGCUGA